AUGGGCUCCCACAAUACAGAAAAGGAAGAGGCGAGAAGGAGCGCGCACGUGGACGGGGCCGGCCUCGACGGAGAAGCGCGUUGCGUGCCCUAUCAGCCGCUGCGCGUGCGGACCAUUGAGAUCCUGUGGCACUUCAAUGAACGCAACAAAGAAGCGGAGCUGCUGGGCCUGCAGAGCAGCGUGACGGAGGGCAUUACGAGUGUCGACUACAACCCUCGUUGUCAUCGCAUCGUCACCACAGGUGGCGAUGGCAACAUUCGCCUGUGGGAAAUCCGCGUCAAAGCCGUCGACGCUUGGCUAGAGAACAACGCAAACGACAUGCUGGCGUGCUGCCGCCACCUGUGCCGCAUGCGCACCUCCUGGAUGCCGCUCACAGCGCGGUGGUCGCCGCAAGGAGAGAUGAUAGCGAGCGCACACUGUGACGGCAAGGUGUGUCUGUGGUGGCGCGACCCUUCCGGGGGAUCAGCGGCCGCAGCAGAAGCGAGUGAUGACGGCAGUUGGGGCAGUGGUCUACAAGGGACGUCUGGCGACUCGGACGGCGACGUAGAGGAAUGGAAGGCAUACCGCCACCUGACUGGGCACAUCAGCGAUAUAUAUGACAUCUGCUUCUCCGCUGAUUCUCGCUACCUGCUGAGCGGAGCUGGUGACGGCAGCAUUGUCAUUCACGAUCUGGAAGGCUCCACAAUGCCGGUUCUACAGCUCACCAACCUGCACACGAAGUUCUGCCGCGGGGUCGCGUGGGAUCCGUGGACGCGGUUUCUUCACACCUUUGGCUGUGGCCCGUCGCUGCUGUGCUUCACGCACGUGCCGAAGAGCGAGGGUCACCACCGCCGCAUGCACCUCGCUGGCCAGCGCAAGUGCCAGGGGGACUACAUUGGCGAGUCAUGUGCCCUGUCGUACCGCCGCUUGUGUUGGUCGCCAGAUGGCUUGCUGCUCGCUAUGCCGUACGGGAAGGUGACGCGGACUGGUCAGCAGCAGGCGCUGAGCACAGCCAACCUGCUGGCCUCCAUCGAGGCAAAGGAGAAGGCGGAAGCGACGUUGGGGGCAACGAAAGGCCAUCCGCGGGACAACUCGUCGCCCACGCACAGAAGGGAGGCUGGCGGGGGUAAAAACCUCCACGACGCGCCUGUGACACCCAUUGGAGAUGCUGGUGACGAUGCACUGGAUGACAUACUUCACUGCGUGUAUGUCUACACUCGAGGGGCGCCGGACAAGAUCGCCUGUCGACUUGGGGUGCGCGGGUUCAGCGAAGUGCGUGGCGUACUGUGGGCGCCGUGCUUCUUCGAGCCGCUGCCCGCCGACAAGGUUCUGGAAGGAUGCUCGCAGCAGCCCACGGCCCUUUCGACCGCUGCAACCGAUGGCACGGCGGAUGAAGCGACGACAACAGUGUCGUCCGCGCUCCCGCACAGCGCCAGCGCCGCAACGGCAGAGGCUCUGCCGUCGCAGCUGGAAGCGCUUGAAGCGGCACGUCAGCGCCGCGGUGCCUGGGGGCCGGCGGAGUACCGCAUGGCACUUGCCGUGUGGACCUCAGAUGCUGUCAUCGUCUACACAACAGACAGCAGCUCUCGCCACAGCGACUUCACCGACUUGCACAUGCGCAGCAUCACCGAUGUUUCUUGGAGUCACGACGCGUCCCACCUCUACACUGCCUCCCUUGACGGGUACAUCAGCGUCAUCGCUUUUGGCGAUUCCCUGACAGCGGCGCAUCGACUACCGUACUUCUCGGCAUCGCCGGCGGUGCGCUCGCUGUGUGGGCUCCUGGAACGUAUUGAGCAAGUCGGCAUCAGCGUUGAAGCCGGUCGAAGCACCGGCUCAUUCUCGGCCGGAGCCGAGAGAGGGGACAGAAAGGCUGGAGGCGACGCCUCUGCCGGUGCAGCAGCAGCGGCGGCGACUAAGACCAGUGUAGCUGUGGUAAGGAAGAAGAGGAAGGUAGAAAAAACGUGUGGCGAUGCCGCGACACCGUCAGUGGCGGCCACGAAGGAGGUUGAUAUGCAGCAGCUGGAAGCCCUCCUCUCGGACAUCUGA